AUGUAUGUAACUCAAACACCGACAUGUGGUUGUCCUCCACAAUAUCAAGGAGUGUCACCAACAAUAAGUCAAUCAAUUCAUCAAUUUGAUUGGAAUUAUUUAAACUCUUUGAAUACAGAAUUUAUUCGUGAAGCACAUGAUUACUCUACUUUAGAAAAAUAUGCAUAUAUGUUUGCUGAUUCUGAGUAUACUGCAGUUGACCAACAAUUCCUUCCAUUUCCUCUCUCAAGAAAAUUCUUUGAAAUCAGCCAUGAUUCAAUCAAAUACUUAUUUAAACAAAUUAGGGAAUUGCAAAACAAACUUAAAUACAAAGAAAAAGAAAUUGAAUAUAUGAAACACAAAUUCGAGAAAGCAACAAAAAAAAUUGAUAAUUUAUCCUACAACCGUAAUCCAUUUCCUCCGCCUCCAAUUGCUUAUUCUACAACACAAGAAGCUGCCAUUAUUGUUCAUACUUGUCCAUGUUGCGGUAGAGCUUUUCGAAGCUUGCAAUUUUUAGAUAAGCAUAUAAUUAAAGAGCACAGACACAUUAGUGAAGCAUGGCUUAGUAUUCGAGAAGGAAAGCCAUAUGGUACAUCGCAUGAAUUGAAAUCUUUAAAGAAUGAUGUAGAGGAUUUACGCGCCUGUUUAACAAGACAAAAUAUUGUCUCUAGCAAGCUUGGAUUAGAAGAAUCAGAUUUGUACCUUCAUCCAAAAAAUACCAAAAUUUCGAAGAAGAAAAAUAAAUCUUCUUCAUCUUCUUCUUCAACUCUCACUUCUGAUGAUCACAAAUCAAAGGCCAAAAAUAAGGUUUCAGAAAGUAAUGGUAAAUUUAAUGUUUCUGUUGAAUUGAAGCCAAAAGCUUUAACAGAAAUCCUUAUUACACCUGAUGAUUACCAAGCAUCGGAAAAUUCAACUGGAUUUAUUGAAGAGGAUCAUGAAUUUACAAGUUUUUCAUCGGAAUCAAGUUUAUCAGAGUCAUAA